GCCAGAAUGUCGUUCUUCAACGCCAACGUCUCUUUCUUCUUGGAUGCAGUGGCGUCUACACCCCCCAUUGUCGAAGUCGUCCCCCUCAACGACGUCGAGGUCUUUCAAUAUCUUGAUGCCCAUCCAGACGCUCUUGUCCGUUACUUGACAGAGCGGGCUGGGCUCGCGGAGUCCCUCAUCAGGACUGUCGCGCCGCCAACAGACCUCGGCGAGCAGGCCGCCCCUGCAAAAGGGAGCAUUCUUACCUCAGUUGAGACGGAGGUCUCCGACGACGAGUCGGUGAUGUUUGUGUCAACUGGGGUACUUGAUGAACAGGCCGUCGUUGAGGACCAGGAAGACGACGACGAUGGGGAGGUGGAUGAGUACGACGACCUCUCGAGCGACAAUGAGGCCUCUGAGGUGGAGUCCGUCUCUCAGGCUGGUCCUGAGAGCGGCUCCCCUCAAGCCGGAAACGAACCCCCCUCUCCGUCCUUGCCCCCGUCGCCCGCCAUGCCGCCAAUGACACCGCCAGCAUCUUCGCCCGUUGGAGGCGACCCUUCCCUUCUGCCUUUCCCUGCACCACCAGCCCUGGUCGCCGUCUCUAGAACAGAGCGUGAUCGCAAGCGAUGGCGUCUCUUCGAGGAAGAGGCCUGCAUUCGCCAUAUGCUCGACAUCAACAAUGAAGGGGUCUUGAAGGGAGAAUCGCGCUUUAGAGAAGCGCAACGCCGCAUGCAAGUGGUCGACAACAUUGUGAAACCUGGCAACUUCGCUGUCAAGAACUUCUGGAACCGUGUCGGUCGUGCUCGGUCUGGUUUUGACGAGCGAAAGAACAAGAAGAACCCGCUGUCGACCUCGAAACAAGGCAAAGCUGCCAAAGCCUCUGGAUCUCAGAAGAAAACCCCUCGCAAGCCAAAAGCUGCUUCUUCGACCACCCAAAACAAACGCAAAGUGAAAGACGAGAGCGACUCGGAUGGAGACGACGAAUCAUACUUUUCGAUAGAGUCGGAAGAUGAAUCAACACCUCAGCGCACAAGCAAGAAGCGAAAUCGAGGUGAUGACACUGAGGAUGAAUGGGAGCCAGAUCUACAAACUGUCAACGCAGUCGCAAAGGGUUUACGGACACCGAAGAGAGCACGCACUGCAGUCUAGUCACAAAACACCUCGACUCCUGCCACCUUUUUCCGGCAACAUCAUGGAGAUCAACAUCAUUACACACAGCAAAUAUCACACCACACACAAUACUGGCAACAUUUGAGAGAAGAGGAGCGGAUUUACGGGAUCUUAUGGGAUGGGAAAAGUGUCUAUCGAAAGUCUUGGGCGAUGAGAACUGUUCAGAUCGGCUGGACCGACAUGAAAGCAUUACGAUAGCAUUGCAUGGAGUGGACUCGGAACAGGAAAUGUGGAACUUGAAGUCCAAGACGGCAGAACAAAACUGGAAACGAGAUGUGACAUGAAAUAUGAGAUCUGAGAUAUGAGAUAUGAGAUAUGAGAUAUGAGAUAUG